CGUCACAGCUGGUGUCUCCCGGCUGUUCAGAGAAAAAACAAGAAAGCAGAAGAGAUGGUCGCGAGCUGCGGAGAGAUGGCCUGGUGUGUUACAGUGUGUGUGUUGCUCCUCGUUGGAUCAGCUGAUGCUCUGAGAAUGGACCGACGCUCUGUUCUCCUACAGCCUGAGCUGGACCCUGAAGUGCACAUGAACAUAACAGAGAUCAUCCGAAGGUGGGGUUACCUGGCUGAGGAGCAUCAGGUGGUGACGGAGGACGGCUUCAUCCUGACUGUUAACAGGAUUCCACAGGGACUCAAACCCAGCGCAGGUCCCCGCCCCGCUGUGCUCCUGCAGCAUGGUCUCCUGGCAGCAGGCAGUAACUGGGUGACCAACCCUCCUAACAGCAGUCUUGGUUACGUUCUGGCCAACGCUGGAUACGACGUCUGGCUGGGAAACAGCCGAGGGAACACCUGGUCCAGGAGACACCAGAACCUGAAGCCGGACCAGGAGGACUUCUGGAGGUUCAGUCAUGAUGAGAUGGCUCUGAAGGAUCUACCAGCUGUAGUAAACCACAUCCUGAAGCAGACGGGACAGGAACAGAUCUUCUAUAUCGGACACUCACAGGGGACGACUAUAGCGUUCAUGGCGUUCUCCAAACUGCCAGAAUUGGCCAAUAAGAUCAAGCUGUUCAUUGGAUUGGCUCCCGUGGCAACCGUAGCGUUCACCAGCAGUCCAAUGACCAAGCUGUCUGUCCUUCCUGACUUCCUCAUCUGGGACCUGUUUGGUAAGCGGGACUUCCUGCCUCAGAGUCACAUGAUCGAGUGGUUUGCGGAGCACGUGUGUGGGAAGACGCUGCUCAGCGAGUUGUGUGGAAACCUGUUCUUCGUCCUCUGUGGCUUCAACGAGAAAAACCUCAACAUGACUCGGACCCCGGUCUACACCACUCACUGUCCUGCUGGAACCUCUGUACAGAACAUGGUGCACUGGGCUCAGGCCGUUCAUGGAGGGAAACUGAUGGCCUUUGAUUUUGGAGCCGCAGGAAACAUGAAGCACUACAACCAGUCCUCUCCCCCUGAGUAUCGCAUCCAGGACAUGAAAGUUCCCACCGCUCUGUUUUCAGGGGGACGGGAUACGCUGGCGGACCCUAAAGACGUGGCGGUGCUCCUCACUCAGGUGUCUAACCUGGUCUUCCAUCGUCACAUUGAGAAGUGGGAACAUCUGGACUUUAUUUGGGGUCUUGAUGCUCCUGAUCAGAUGUUUCCUUUCAUCCUGAAGCUGCUGCAGGAGCGUCGCUGAGGACUCAUCAUGUUUACAAUGUUUUAAUCAUGUUUUUAUAAUGUUUUUAUGACAUUUUAAUGACACUGUAUGUAACAUGAAUCAGUGUUUCUUGUUGUCGUGUCCUGUUGUCUCUGACCCGUCCGUCCGUUUAUAACUGAAACGCCUGAAACUGCAAAUAAGAUCAAUUAUUACUGAAUCUGUUAUUAAUCUUUAAUCCAUGAAGCUGUUGAACUUAUACAACUUUAAUUAAGCAGAAUAAAUGUGAAGCAUCCAGAAUGUUUGAGUCCAUAUCAGCCUCAUGUAAAAAUAUAAACAGUACAUAUUCUUUACGUUAUAUUUUCUAUGUUAGCUGAAGCUGCUGUUAACUUUGAUUCAAUGAGAGACCAAUCAUGUUCUGGGGGCUAAAUGUUUUUACUGAUUGUGAUUUUAAAUGAUUUCUGA